AUGGCGAAUCGUGUCUCAUCAUCAAUCAAUAGUAAAACUAAAGAUCAAAAUAUUUCUUUAUCGAAUAAUCAUUCUACAUAUACUACAAAUACUACACAUAAUAUUUCAUCAUCAAAUGUUCUUUCGACAGAUUCAAUGAAUCGCCAUUCACGAGAAUAUGAACCAUCAUAUCCAUCAAUAACUCGUUAUCGUACAUCAUCAUCAUCGUCACCUUAUCGUAGAACACAUUAUUUAGAUGAUUUUAUUGAAGAAAUAAUUCAUGAAGAAAUUCUUGAAAUAACAUAUCUUGAUCAUUAUCCAACAUUACUUGAACGUUGGGGUAAUGAUGCAAAAGCAAUUAUUAAAUAUGAAGGAGAAUUUAUAAUUGAAGAUUAUAUAGAAUUUGAAGAAAUUGAACCAACAAUAACUGAAGAAAUUUCAUAUGAAAUUAUUUAUUUAAAUAAUGAAAUUAAAUCAACAAGAGAAAUUCAUCAUACACAUUCAGAAACUCGAAAUUUUCGUAAAAUUAAAAAACGAUGUAUUAAACGUAGACAUAAAAUAGAUGAUAUACAUAUAGAUGAUAUAGAUAGACGUGCAACACAACUACUUAAUAAUAUGCAUAAUUUACAAAGUAAAAUUGAUUCAAUUAUACAAACUGGUAGUAAUGAUUUAUCCGGUGAUAAUUAUGAAUUAACAAAUAUUGAUGAAACAAUUGAAAAUAGCAAUGCAAACAAUUUCAAAGAAAUUUAUCCAACUAAUUCUACAAUUAACAUUGGUGAUGAUCGUACUAAUGUUAAUAUAAUUGCUAAUGAGACAUCAUUAUCUAGAAAUGAACAAAUUUUAUUACAAUCUUUAAAGUCACACGAACAACAAAAAGAUUUGUCUAAUAACAUAAAACAAGAAUAUCAAAAUGAUCUUAUUCCACAAAGAAUAGAAGACAAAGAUGAUGCCGAACAAGCUCAUCCAUCAUGUUCAAUAUUAACAAAUAAAAAUCAUAUUUCAUCUGAUGAUCAUGAAAUCAUCUCAACAACAAAAUCAUCAAUCAAUGAAUCAAAUGAAGAAAAUAAACAGACACCAGACUCUAAAUUGCAAUCGACGAUAUCAAAAGUUGAUCAACCACAGAUAAGAAUCAAACAAGAGAAAACCAUUACACAAGAAAAUGCUUCAGGUCACGAUGACAUACAAUCAAUUAAAAAUCAACCAACAACAACAAUAACAGAAACUUCUCAUCAAUCUUUGACAACACAAGAACAAACAAUAUUACCUUCAAUCGAUACAAAAUCUAUAUCUUCAAUUGAAAAUGAUAAUCAAUCAUCGAUAAUAGCAAUCGAACAUAAUUUUAAUGAUGAUUUACUAUCAUUUUUAAAAUCACUCUUAUCUCAUUUAAUACCAAAUACAUUCGAAGAAAAUAAUCAAUCUUUAAUAUCUCAAAGUAAAUCAACUGAAGAAUCAUUAUCAAAUAUUGAUUCUCAAACGAAUCAAAACAUACCAAUUGACAAACAUCAAGAUUUUGAAAUUGAAACCUUUCAACCGAACACUAAAUUUGAAGAACUAAAAACAUUUGACAAACCAUUAACUCAUUCACAUACUAAUCAUGAAAAUUUAAUAAAAUCAAACGAAAUUGAACAAUUAUCAUCGAAAGUAGUAACUGAAGAAGACAGUAAACCUCUUACUAUACCAAUCAAUUUACAAUCUUUAUCAGAUAAUGUUAAAAAAAAUCUAACAGAUGAACAAGAAAAUAUUCAUGAUGAUAUUAGUACACAAAAUCCAAAAUCAACUAACAUUGUACUUGAUAAACAAAAGACAAUGUUUGAAGAUCUUCAAUUAUCUAUUGAAGAAGAAAGAAAAGAUAAUGAACUUGAACAUUAUUCAUCAACUAAUCAAACAAUUGAUUCAUUUGAACAAAAAGUUGACAAACCAUCAAUUGACUCACUUACAGAAAUUGUACAACAAAUUAAAACUAUUCCAUUGACAAAAGUCUCAAAAAUACCAUGUGAUCCAAUACAAAAUUUACAUGAAGAUAAAAAUCAAUCAAAAUCAAAUCUUAUUUUAUCGACUACUGAAAUUAUACACGAACCAUUUGAUGAAAUUGAACAGACAUAUGGAAAAGAAACAACAAUAUCGUCUAAUGAUUCUGCUACAUUAGUUAUUAGUCAUCAGCCAUCAGAUGAAAUCAAAACUGACAUCAUUACACAUAAUACAGAAAAAACAGACGCGACAUUACAAACUAAUUUAAAUAUUGAAGUCGACAAACAACCGAAAGCUAUUUCUAUCCCGCAAUUAACAACAACAUCAGAAAUUCAACAAAUAUAUGCCAAUGAAAAUGAAAACAUAGAACUGUCGUCAGAUUUUCUUGCUGAUAUAGUUCGUCAGAUUGAAACUACAGCAUCUACUACACAUUUUCCAUUGGUUGAUCAUACACCGCAAAUAAUCGAAAAAUCAACAAAUGAUUUUGUUAAUAAAACUACUGAACAAAGUUGUAAUACAUCAAUACCAAUAACUAAUAUUGAAGAUAAUAAACCAUUAGAAUUAACAAAGAACUUGUCUAUAACUAAAAAUGUACAUGAAACAAAUUUUGACAAUGAAGCUAAAUAUAUUUCAUCGAAUGUCAUUGAUGAUAUUCUUAUUAAAUCACCUCUUGAUGACAAUACUAAGAUAAAUCUUAUAUCUAAAGAUAUUAAAUCAUCAUCAGAAUCUUUAAUUGAAAUCGUUCGUCAAAUAUUAUCAUCACCUAUUCAAUCAAUAUCACAUAUCGAUUCAUCGACAUCAUCUAUAACAGAUUUAAAUACUGAAAAAAAUUUUCAAUCAUCUAUUCAAAAUAAUAUAUCGAAUGAAUCAGAAUUGUUAACUACUUCAAUCAUUCCAGAAUUACUAAACUCUACUUAUCAAGAUAAAUCAUUAGAUGAUAUAGAUAAAAAAUCUAUUUCAUCACCUAUAUCGAUUAAAUCUAAUGAUAUAAAUUCAAUUAAUCAAUUUACAACUGACAUAUCGUAUUCCAUAACUGAAUUAACAAAUGUGAUGAAUGAUAUUCUUAAUUUUUCAAUGAAAAUGUCUGAUGAAAAUCCUAUGAAUAUUUCUCAACAAUCAAAUAUAAUCGAACAAAUAACUUCAACAAAAUCUUCUAUUCCUGAAACAGAUUUUAAUCAACAAAAAUAUUUUUCAAUUCCAAAUAUUGAACAAAUAUCAUUAGAUUUAACUUCUUCUAUUAAUAAUGAACAAUUAGAUAAGACAAAAACUACAUCUGAUUUAACUAAAAUUUAUUAUGAAUUAAAAGAACAACGACAUAUUCAACCUGUACAUAUUUAUGAACAAAAACAAGAUAUAUUAAAUGAUAAUCUAAAUAAUCAUAUUCAACACAUUGAUUUAACAUCAUUUUCACAAAUUUCAAAUUUACCUUCAAGAGAAUAUCAUCAAGUAUUUGGUACUUCGGAUGAAAUUGUUGAUACAAUCAAUGAUUUAACAAAAUCUAUUGAUCAAACAUUUCAAUCAAACAUUUCUGAUGAAGUAAAACCUAUUACUUUUGAUUCAGAUAGUAAAUCACAAAUAUCAGAAAUCUUUGAAGAUAAUCAAUCAAUUGUUUCUACAAAUCAAGAACAAAUUAUUAAUGAAAACAUUCCAAAUAUUAUAUCUAAUGUUGAAUUUGAUUUUCGAUAUUCUUCACUAUUAAAUCAACUUGAUACUCUAAUGAAACCAUUACAUAAUUUAUCAUCAUCGUCAUUUAAUACUGAACAUGAAUCAUUAUUGUCAAAAACACAUAAAGAAAAAGAUAAUCUUCGCUAUCUAAAUGAACGUUACGAUGUUCUUAUUGAUCAUGUUAAUCAUCUCGAUGAAGCUACACAUGCUAGUCCUAUUAUCAAGACUACUGAUAUUGACAAACAAGUUAGUACAUUGUCAUCAAAUGAUCAAUUUAUUGACCUAGUACAAAAAAGACCGAGUCCACACGAUCAAACUUCUGCAACAAUGCCACAAUAUCAAUCAACUACUACAGAAAUAAUUUCAUCACCAACUACAAUAGCAUCAGCGGAUACAUUCAAGGAUUUAAUAGCAGAUUCAUCGAAUGAAACGACAACUCCUAUGUUGUCCAAUACGUUGACGAAUCAAUCAAAUAUCGCUUCAAGCCAACCAAAGAUUCACUAUGAUGAUUAUCCAUCCUAUUCAAAUUCUGAUACCAUUGCUGAUGCUGAAAAAAAGCUUGGAAAAUUAUCUGAACAAUUAAAUAUUGUCAAUGAACAAAAUUAUUCUCCAACAAUAGUCGAGUUGCACGAGAAACAUACUACAAACGACAAUGAAUUACAAAAUAAAGAAAAGACAGUACCAUCAACUAUCAUAACUAUGAAACCACUAGUUAGUUCAGAUAUAGAUCUGGAACCAGUUAUUCAUCAUGGACAUCCAACUACAUCAACAACUACUUCUCCGACUGUUUUACAAACUACAAAUGUUCCUAGCAAGACAAAACAUAAGAAAAAGAAGAAAGAAAAAUCAGAAGCGAUUUUCUUCGAUGCUCCUCAAUUGAUAUCAUAUGAUGUUAACAAGCAAAACACCGAUACUAUGCAAUCUGAAUUAAUAGAACCAGAACGUUCAAUCAAUAUUAAAACGAGAGAUUCUUCUGAAGUUAAUCAAACAACAAAACAGGAAUUGGAAAAAUUGCAUCCAAUCUCAACCGUAGUCCCUGACGAACAACAGCAACCAGAAAUGUUAUCGACCCUGAUUACUUCUCCUGUAAAUGAAUUAAAACCAUCAGCUGAUAUCAAAGAUGAACUGAUUUCAAACGAUGUUUCUCUAUUGUCAUCUACUUUAGCUACAAUACCUUCAGAGCAAAUGAAAAUGAACAUUGAGACAAUCAAACAACAACUAAUAGAUACAGAACCAAUUCUACAGUCCUUACCAUCGUCUAUAGCGACCAUUUCUAAAAUUCAACAAACAUCAACCGAUGACCAUACACAACAAGAUCACAAUGCUAGCCAACCUUCAAGUGAGGCACUUCAAAUUCUCUAUGAUGAUUAUCCAUGGUAUGCAAGUUAUUAUACAAUAGCAGACGCUGAAACAAAAAUAGCACGAUUAAAUGAACAAUUAAAUAUUCUCAAUGAAAACAAUCGUUCGCCGAUAACAAUCGAAGUUCAUGAAACACUUUCGAUCCAAGACAAUGUAUCACAAAACGAACCAGACAAUGAUGAUGAUGUCGAAGAUUUUCAUGUCGUACAUCGCCGCAAACGCAUACCUUCAUCAACAACAACACAUACACAGACGUCAUCAUCAACUAUCGUGACAACGAAACCGUCAGUUAGUUCAGAUAUAGAUCUUGAACCAAUUAUUCUUCAUGGACAUCCAUCUGUACCAAUAAUCACUGCUCCAAUCGUUUCCCAAACUACAAAUAUUCCUGGUAAGACAAAACAUAAGAAGAAGAAGAAAGAAAAAGGAGAAACGUUUUUCUUUGAUGCUCCUGAAUUGAUAUCAGCUGAUAUGAACAGACAGAAAGAGGAUGCAACACAAUCGGAAUUAGUGAAACAAGAACAUCCAGUAAAUAUUGCAACAACAGAUUUUUCUCAAGCUGAUCAAGCAAUAACAGGUGAACAUGAGCAAAUACAACCAACGUCAACUGAGGUUUCUAACGAAAAACAACAGCAAGAAGUUUUAUCAGCAUUGAUUACGUCUAAUAUUGAUGAGUUAAAACGAAUAACUGAUAGAGAGAAUGAAGUUAUUUCCAACGAAGUUAUGCCGUCGUUAUCGACUCCACUUUCAAAACUCUCCGAAAAUGUAAAAUUCAAUACUCAAUCAAUCGAACAAGAAUCCAUAGAUAAAGAGUCGAUUCCACAGUCUUUACCAUCAUCUACAACAACUACUCUUUCUUCUAAUCAUCAAACAUUAACUCAUGAUCAUAAAAAACAAGAUGAAUGCGUGAACAAGCCUUCAAGCCACAAAUUUCAGGUUCUGAAUGAUGAUUAUCCAUGGUAUUCAAGUUAUUAUACAAUAGCUGAUGCUGAAGCAAAGAUUGAUCGAUUGAAUAAACAAUCAAAUUUUGUCAAUGAAGAAAAUCAUUCAUCAACGACACUCGAGUUUCAUGAAACACCCACCACCCAAGACAAUGUAUCACAAAAUGAACAAGACAAGGAUAAUGACAACGAAGGUUUUCAUAUUGUACACCAUCGCAAACGUAUACCUUCAUCAUCAACACAUACGAAGACAAUACAAUCAGCUAUCAUAACCUCGAAACCAUCGAUUAAUUCAGAUAUAGAUCUUGAACCAGUAAUUCUUCAUGGACAUCCAUCUGUACCAGUCGUAGCUUCUUCAAUAGCGCCACAAAGUACAAGUAUACCUAGUAAGACAAAGCAGAAGAAAAAGAAGAAAGAAAAAGGAGAAACGAUUUUGUUUGAUGCUCCUGAAUUAAUGUCAUCUGAUGUUAAUAAGCAGAAAGUCGAUACUGUACAACCGGAAUUAGUGGAGCGAGAACGUCCAGUGAAUAUUGAAACAACGGGUUUAUCUGAAACCAGUCAACCCAUAAAACAUGAGCAAGAACAAUUACAACCAACGUCAACUGAAAGCUCUAAUAAACAACAACAACCAGAAGUUUUACCAACAUUGAUUACGUCUACUACUGAUGAGUUAAAACAAAUAGCUGAUAAGAACAACGAAUUGACUUCAAGCAAUGUUUCAGAAUUGUCAUCUAAUCUAGCUAAAGUGCUUCCAGAUGAAGUGAAAGUUGAUACUCAUUCAAUGGAACAACAACCGAUAGACAAAGAGGUGGUUCUACAAUCUUCACCUACAUCGACAACAGUUACUACAGCCACUCAUACUAAAUUAAUAUCUCAAUCAACAGUAGGAGAAGAAGAAGACGACAAUGAAGGAUUUCAAGUUAUACAUCAUCGCAAACAUACCCCCUCAGCACCUCGAUCUCGAAAACCUCAACAAUCAUCGUCGACAGCAAAUACUAUUUAUGGUCAAAAUAUUAGUUCAGAUAUUGAUCUUAAACCUGUAGUCAUUCAUGGACGUCAUGAUUCAGCAUCUCGCUCCAUUCCUCGUACGAACGACAUCACAGAACCGGCUUCAACUUCGACUAGUCAUUCUGCAAAGUCCGAUGAUCAAGCCUUAACUUCAAAUAUAGCAAAUAACGAAGUUGUUAUUUCAAGGACAUCUGAUGGAAUAAGAACACAGACAGAAGUCGUUGAUCAAGAACAAUCGUCAUCCCUUGUAUCAACCCUAGUUGACUAUGGCACUUUGCGUGAAACUGAUGGCACUCAUGCUUCAACGAGCAAUGUGCCCAUAUCGGAAUCUACUGAAGAAACAUCUCAUUUUGUGAAUACAAGUCCAUCAGUUGUUGAACCCGUUCUUUCUCAAGUUACGAAAUCUCAAGAAGAAUUGAAUUCAACUAGUGAAUCGCCGAUUAUCAUAUCAGAAGAAAUACAAUCAAACGAGGAUGAUCAGCAACAACAAAAAGCAUCCACGGGAUUGUUCGAUACAAUGACAGAGCUUCUAUCAUCGACGCUUUUAUCAAAUACAUCUAAUGAAACAAGUUCAGAAACUAUUCAAUCAGUCGUAAAAGCUCAACAGCCAGAAGGUACUACUGAGCAAUUCGUGGAUGCAAACGAAUCAUCUACUGUUUUCACUAAUGAUCAUCAACAAGACUAUACAACCAUAGAUGGAUCGAAACCGUCUGAAGAAGGCCAUCAUGGUAUCUUCGAUCUUGUUGCUACAGCCAUAUCAAAUGUUAAAGAAACAAUAUCAACUCUUGCUUCUUCUGAUGAAAAGUCUGUCCAAAUAGAAUCUUCAUCAAAUCUCUCUGAUAAGUCAAUGAUUAGUGCUCAACCAUCGGACAAUUUAAAUGAUAAUAAAGAACAACAAACCUUUAUUGAAAGCGUCAAAGACGUUAUUGACAAAAUACAUGAUAUGAUUAUACCUUCGCAAAAACAAGUAACUCGCAUUGAGGAACAAUCCUCAAUUUCCAACUAUCCUUCUCAUCCAAAUCAAUUUCAAGCUACUGGCAUUGAACACGAUCCUCUUUUCUCUAGUCAUCAAACAUUAAUCGAUGAUCAUUCACAACAAGAUGUGUUGGCGAAUGAGCCUUCACAUGUAAAACUACAUGUUUUCUACGAUGAUUAUCCAUGGUAUUCAAGUCAUUAUAUGAUUGCUGAUGCCGAAACAAGAAUUACACGACUAUGUACACAAUUAAACUUUGUCCAUGAACAAAACCGUUCUCCAACGACAGUCGAAGCUGAUGAAACACAACAAGAAAAAGAUCAGGAUGACGAUAACGAAGACUUUCAUGUCGUACAACAUCGUAAACGUAUACCUUCCUCAACAAUACAUACCAAGACAUCAUCAUCGACUAUCGUGACAACGAAAUCACCAGUUAGUCCAGAUAUAGAUCUUGAACCAGUUGUUCUUCAUGGACAUCCAUCUGCACCAACAACUACUUCUCCAAUUGUUUCACAAUCUACAAAUGUCCCUAGCAAGACAAAGCACAAAAAAAAGAAGAAAGAAAAAGGAGAAACGAUUUUGUUUGAUGCUCCUGAAUUGGUAUUAACUGAUAUAAGCAAACAGAAAAUCGAUGCCACACAAUCUAAGCCCACAGCACAAGAAUAUCAAGUGAAUAUUGAAACAAUAGACUCUUCUGAAAUCAAUCAACCAAUAAAACGUGAACAUGAACAAUUACAGUCAAUGUCACCUGCAAUUUCUAGUGAACAACAACAGCAACCAAAUGUUUUCUCGACAAUGAUCGCUUCUGAAACGGAGGAAUUAAAACCAAUCCUCAGUAACGAGAAUCAAGUGACAGAUACCAAUCUUACGGAGACAUUAUCGACUCCGCUUACGAAAUUUCCGCAAGAAGUGAAAGUUGAUAUGCAAUUAAUCGAACAACAACCGAUAGAUAUAAAGCUGAUUCCACAGUCUUCACUAUCUGCUAUAACGACCACUGGAACAUCCAUUGAUACUAAAGUGCUUUCUCCAUUAGCAAAAGAAAAAGAAGAAGAUGACGACAAUGAAGGAUUUCAAGUUGUACAUCAUCGCAAACAUACGCCCUCAGCACCUCGAUCUCGAAAACCUCAACAAUCAUCGUCGACAGCAAAUACUAUUGAUGGUCAAAAUAUUAGUUCAGAUAUUGAUCUUAAACCUGUAGUCAUUCAUGGACGUCAUGAUUCAGCAUCUCGCUCCAUUCCUCGUACAAGCGGCAUCACAGAAACAACUUCAACUUCGACUAGUCAAUCUCCGAAGCUCAGUGAUAAAGUAGUAACUUCAAAUGUAGCAAACAAUGAAGUUGUUAUUUCAAGACCUUCGGAAGAAAUAGUAACAGAAGUAGAAACUGUUCAUCAGCAACAACCAUCGCUCACAGGUUUAUCAGAAAUGAUGAAAGACGUUUUAUCAUCAGCAAUUCAAACAAAACCAACUUCUACAUCUAAUCAAGUUGACUACGCAACAUAUUUUGAAAUGGAGGGCACUCCUGUUUCGGCAACCAAUUUGUCCACAUCGGAGCCUACAGAAAAAGGCACUAAUUUUGUUAAUACAAAACCAUUAAUUGAACAACAAAGUUCUUCUCAAUUUACCACAUCCAUCAAAGAUGUAGCUAAAACCACUGAGCCGACCAUGACUACAUCGGACGAAAUAAAAAUAAACGAAAAAGAUGAAGAUGAUGUUGACGAAGGUUUUCAUGUUGUCCACCGUCGCAAGCGUAUACCUUCAUCAACAACACAUACACAGACGUCAUCAUCAACUAUCGUGACAACGAAACCGUCAGUUAGUCCAGAUAUAGAUCUGGAACCAGUUAUUCUUCAUGGACAUCCAUCUGCACCAACAAUCACUUCUCCAAUCGUUUCACAAACUACAAAUAUUCCUAGUAAGACGAAACAUAAGAAAAAGAAGAAAGAAAAAGAAGAAACGCUUUUCUUUGAUGCUCCUGAAUCGAUAUCAUCUGAUAUGAACAGACAGAAAAAGGAUGCAACACAAUCGGAAUUAGUGGAACAAGAAUGUCCAGUGAAUAUUGAAACAACGGAUUUGUCUCAAAUGAGUCAACCGAUAAAACGUGAACAAGAACAAUUACAAUCAAUGGCAACUGAAGAUUCUAAUGAACAACAACCGAUAGAUAAUGAGUCGAUUCCACAGUCUUCACCAUCAUCUAUAAGGACUACUACAACAUCCACUCAUACUCAAGUGGUUUCUCAAUCAGCAAAAGAAGAAGAAGAAGAAGACGAUAAAGAAUUUCAAGUUGUACACCAUCGCAAACAUACUCCCUCAGCACCUCGAUCUCAAAAACCUCCACACUCAUCAUCGACAGCAAAUACUGUUUAUAGACAAAAUAUUAUUCGUGAUAUUGAUCUUAAACCUGAAGUAAUGCAUGGACAUCAUGAGUCAGCAUCUGAAUCGACUCCUCAUACAACUGCCAUCAGUGAAACAGCUUCAUCUUCGACUAGUCAAUCUCCGGAGUUCAAUGAUAAAGUCUUAACUUCAAAUAUGACCGACAAUGAAGUUGUUAUCUCAAGGCCUUCGGAAGAAGUAACGUCAACUACUGAAUCGCCAAUUAUGACAUCAGAGGAAAUAAAAACAAAGAAAGAGGACGAACGACAAAAAACAUCAACGGGAUUGUUGGAUAAAGUGACUGGACUAUUAACAUCAACACUUCUAUCAAAUACUUCGAAUGAAACAUCAACAGAAAACAUUCAACCAACGAAAAAAUCUCAACAACAAGAAGACAAUAUUGUAGAAGACGUUAACACAAAUGAUUCAUCCAAUGUUUUUAUCGAACCCACAUCUGUGCUCUAUGAUAUAUCACCCAUUAACCAGAAUGUUUUGUCAAUAUCUAGUAUUUCAAAUACUGAUGUCGAUCAUAAACAAGACUAUUCAACGAAGGAUAAAGAAAUAGAAAUAUUUGAAACAUCUUCACCAACAACGAAUAAAACAGAACACGAUGGUGUAUUUAGCCGUGUUAUUCAAGCUCUAUCACAUGUCACAGAAACGAUAUCAAAUCUUGGCUCUUCUCACGAGAAAACUGCCUCGCCACAAUCCUCAUCAAAUUUGACUGAUAAAUUCUUGGGUAAUACCCAACAACUCGAUGAUUUACAUAACGAUAAAGGAAAAGAAACCUUUAUUGAGAAUAUCAAAGAUGUUAUUCAUAGUAUACAUGAAAAGAUUUUACCUACACAAGAACAAGAAACACGAAUUGAAAAACAAACCUUAAUUACAAAUUAUCCUACCGAUGCUGAAUCUGCUCGUAUUUCAUCUAGCCAUGAACUAUCAACAGAUGAUCAUAAACAACAAGAUACAUUCGUGAAUGAACCUUCAUGUGAAAAACUUCAGGUUCUCUAUGAUGAUUACCCAUGGUAUUCAAGUUAUUAUACAAUCACUGACGCCGAAACAAGAAUUACAAGACUAUUUCCACCAUUAAACUUUGUCAAUGAACAAAAUCGUUCUUCAACAACAGUCGAAACUCAUGAUACGCUCUCUACCUAUGAGGGAGAAUUACAAAAUGAAAAAGACGAGGACGAUGAUGACGAAAGCUUUCAUGUUGUACAUCGUCGCAAACGUAUACCUUCAUCAACAACACAUACAAAUACAUUACCAUCAACUAUCAUAACCAUGAAACCACCACUUAGUUCAGAUAUCGAUCUUGAACCAGUUAUUCUUCAUGGACACCCAUCUGUACCAGUCGUGAUUUCCCCGAUUGCUUCACAAACUACAAAUGUCACUAGCAAGACAAAGCACAAGAAAAAGAAGAAAGAUAAAGUAGAAAUGAUCUUCUUCGAUGCCCCUGAAUUGAUGUCAUCUGAUGCUAAUACGCAGAAAGUUGAUACUGUAGACUCUCAAUUAAUCGAACAAGGACAUCCAGUGAAUAUUGAAACAAGAAAAUCUUCUGAAAUCAAUCAAAAUAUAACAAGUGAACGUGAACAAGUAGAAUCAACCUCAACUGAAGGUUCUAAGGAAGAACAAGAACAAACAGAAGUUAUAUCCACAUCGAUUACUACUAAUACUGGUGAAUUAACGCAAACUACUGAUCAAGGAAAUGAAAUAACUUCUCAUGAAAAUUCACAAUUGUUGUCUACUCCAGUAGAAACACUUCCAGAAGAAGUAGAAAUUGAUACUCAAUCAAUCGGACAACAAUCGGUAGAUAAAGAGUCGAUUCUACAGCUUUCACCAUCGUCUAUCACGACAAGCAUUUCUACUGUUCAACAAGCACCAAGUGAUGACCAUAAAAAACAAGAUGAAUUCGUGAGCAAAUCUUCAAUCGAAAAGCUUCAAGUUCUCAAUGAUGAUUAUCCAUGGUAUUCAAGUUACUAUACAAUCGCUGAUGCUGAAACAACAAUUGCUCAACAAAAUCAACGGUUGAAUCUUUUCAAUGAACAAAAACAAUCUCCAACGACAGUCGAAGUUCACGAAACACUUCUUAUCCACGAGCAUGAAUUACAAAACGAAAAAGAAGAGGAUAACGAUGACGAAGGUUUUCAUGUUGUACAUCGCCGUAAACGCACACCUUCAUCAACAACGCAUACAAAGACGUCAUCAUCAACUAUCGUGACCAUGAAACCACCAGUUACUCCAGAUAUAGAUCUUGAACCAGUUAUUCUUCAUGGACAUCCAUUUGCACCAACUAUUACUUCUUCCAUCGCUUCACAGCCUACAAAUAUCCCUAGCAACACAAAGUACAAGAAAAAGAAGAAAGAAAAAGGAGAAACGAUUUUGUUUGAUGCUCCUGAAUUGACAUCAUCUGAUCGAAAUAAACAUGGAGCUGAUGCAACACAAUCUAAAUUAGUGAAACAAGAACUUCCAGUGAAUAUUGAAACAAUAGAUUCUUCUCAAAUUAAUCAACCAUUACAACAUCAAUGUGAGCAAUUACAUCUAGCCUCAACUGUAACUUCGAAGGAACAAGAAUCAGACGUUUUAUCGACACUGACUACUUCUAACAUUGAUGAGUUAAAUCCAGUAACCGAUAAAGAGAAUGAAAUGAUUUCUAAGGAUGUUAUGCAGUCGUUGUCGACUUCACUUGCAAAUCUUUCCGAUGGGCAUGAAUCACAAAAUGAAAAAGACAAAGAUGACGAUGACGAUGACGAAGGUUUUCAUGUUGUACAUCGUCGCAAACGCGUACCUUCAUCAUCAACACAAACGCAGACAGUACCAUCAACGUUCGUAACCUCAAAACCAUCAAUUAGUUCAGAUAUAGAUCUUGAACCAGUUAUUCUUCAUGGACACCCAUCUGCACCAGUCGUAAGUUCUCCGAUCGCAUCAGAAACUAGAGAUACCUCUAGCAAGACCAAGCAUAAGAAAAACAAGAAAGAAAAAGCCGAAACUAUUCUCUUCGAUGCUCCUGAGUUGACAUCAUCUGAUCGAAAUAAAGACGAAACUGAUACAACACAAUCUAAGUUGGCGAAACAAGAGCUUCCAGUGAAUAUUGAAACAAUAGAUUCUUCUCAAAUUAAUCAAACAUUAAAAGAUCAAUGUGAGCAAUUACAUCAAGCCUCAACUAUAACUUCGAAGGAACAAGAGCCAGAAGUUUUAUCGACACUGAUUACUUCUAAUAUUGAUGAGUUAAAUCCAGUAACUGAUAAAGAGACUGAAGUGAUUUCUAAGGCUGUUAUGCAGUCGUUGCCGACUUCACUUGCAAAUCUUUCCGACGGACAUGAAUUACAAGAUGAAAAAGACAAAGAUGACGAUGACGAUGGUUUUCAUGUUGUGCAUCGUCGCAAACGCAUACCUUCAUCAUCAACACAAACGAAGACAGUACCAUCAACGUCCGUAACCUCAAAACUAUCAAUUAGUUCAGAUAUAGAUCUUGAACCAAUUAUUCUUCAUGGACACCUAUCUGCACCAGUCGUAAGUUCUCCGAUCGCAUCAGAAAUUAAAGAUACCUCCAGCAAGGCGAAGCAUAAGAAAAAGAAGAAAGACAAAUCAGAAACAAUUUUGUUUGAUGCUCCUGAAUUGUUAUCAUCUGACCUAAACAAACAACAAACAGUUGUUGGUGUGAAAUCUGAAUUGGUAGAACAAGAACGUCCAGUGGAUAUUAAAACAAGAGAUUCUUCUGACACCAGUCAAACAGUAACACAUGAACGUGAACAAUUACAACCCACUUCAAGUGAAAUUUCCAAGGAACAGCAACCAUCAAACGUUUUAUCCACAUUGAUUAUUCCUAAUACUGAUGAAUUAAAACAAAUAAGUGAUCAAGAGAAUGAAGUGAUUCAUGACAAUGUUACUCAGUUGUUGUCGAUUCCACUGACAGAACUUUCGGAAGAAGUGAAAUCUGAUACUCAAUCAAUCGAACAACAACCGAUAGAUAAAGAGCUGGUUCUACAGUCUUCACCUACAUCGACGACAAUUACUACAGUAACUCAUCCUAAAGUAGUAUCUGAAUCAACAGUAGGAGGAGAAGAGGAAGACGACAAUGAAGGAUUUCAAGUUGUAAAUCAUCGCAAACAUACGCCCUCAACACCUCGAUCUCGAAAAGCUCAACAAUUAUCGUCCGCAGCGAGUACUAUUGAUGGUCAAAAUAUCAGUCCUGAUAUUGAUCUUAAACCUGUAGUCAUUCAUGGACGUCAUGAUUCAGCAUCUCGAUCUGUUCCUCGUACUACUGGCAUCAGUGAAAUUACGUCAACUUCGACUGGUAAAUCCGUGAAGUCUAACGAUAAAGCCUUAGCUUCUAGUGGAACAAACAAUGAAAUUCUGUCUUCAAAACCUUCGGAAGAAAUAGUAGCAGAAGUAGGAGCUGCUCAUCAACAACCAUCAUCAGUCACUGGUUUAUCCGAAAUUAUGAAAGGUGUUUUAUCACCAGUAACUCAAAUGAAAACUGCUCCUUCGUCAAGUAUUGAAGAGCAAAGUCCAAUUAUUCACGGAACCAUUGACGAAAAAACUCAGUCAAAUCUAGCUGACUCUGAAACAUCCUUUGAAACCAGUAGUACUUCUACUUUGACAAGCACUCCACUCGUAGUGCAAACUACUGAACAAACAGCUGAUAUAUCUCAACAACAAGAAGACAAUGUUGAAAGAUUCGUCGAUGCAAACAAUUCAUCCAAUGUUGUUUCCCAAUCUACAUCUGUGCCGAAUGAUGCAUUACAAUCUGACCAGAAUAUUUUAUCAAUAUCUAAUAUUUCAACUACUAACACUGCUCAUCAACCAGAACAUGAAACAACCAAUAAAUCGAUAACGACUGAAGAACAACAUGGUAUAUUCGAUAUUGUUGCUCAAGCUAUAUCAAAUGUCAAAGAAAUCAUAUCAAAUCUUGGUUCUUCUGAUGAAAAAACUGCCACACUACAAUCUUUAUCAAACUUCUCUGAUAAAUCGAUAACUAAUACUCUAGAAUCCGAUAACCUAGAUAAUGAUAAAGAAAAACAAACCUUUCUCGAAAGUGUCAAAGACAUUAUUCACAAUAUACAUGAAAAUAUUUUACCUACACAAGAACAAUCGUUAAUUUCAAAUUAUUCUACCAAUGCCCAUCAAUUCCAAAGCACCAUUGCUGAGCCUGAUCAUCUGUCUUCUACUCAGCAAAUAUCAACUGAUGAUAAUAAACAACAAAAUGAAUUCGUGAGUCAAUCUUCAACCGAAAAACUUCAAGUUCUCAGUGAUGAUUAUCCAUGGUACUCAAGUUAUUAUACAAUUGUUGAUGCCGAAACAAAGAUGGGUCGAUUAUAUGAGCAAUUAAAUCUUGUUCAUGAACGAAACCGUUCACCAAUAAAAGUCGAAUUUCAUGAAAAAUUUUCUGUACAUGACCAUGAAUUACAGAACAAAAAAGAUGAAGCUGUUGAUGACAAAAUUCAUAUCGUAGAGCAUCAUCAAUGCAUACCUUCAUCACCAACACAUACAAAGACAUCAGCAUCAACUAUCAUAACAACAGAAUUACCAGUUAUUCUUCAUGAACACCCAACUGUACCAAUUAUCACAACUCCGAUCGUUUCACAAGCCACCAAUGUCCCUAGCAAGACAAAGCACAAGAAAAAGAAGAAAGAUAAAAAAGAAACAAUCGUUUUCGAUACACCUAGCUUGAUAUUAUCUGAUUCAGAUAAGCAGAAAACCGAUGUAGCAAAACCUCAAUUAAAAGAACAAGAACGUGCAGUAAGUAUUGAAACAAUAGAUUCUUCUCAAAUUAAUAAAACAAUAAAACAUGAAUGCGAACAAUUACAACGAAUCUCAACUGUGAUUUCUACUGAACAAAAACAGCCAGAAGUUUUAACUACAUUAAAUAUUUCUAAUACUGAUAAAUCAAAACGAAAAGCUGAAAAAAAGAAAAAAUCGACUUCGAACGAUGAUUCAAAACUACUAUCUACUCCAGUUACAAUAGUUUCAGAAGAAAUAAAAAUAAAUACUCAAACAAUCAAACAACAACCGAUAGAUAAAAAGGCAAUUGUACAAUCUCUACCAUCGCCUAUAACAGUGACUAAACCAACCAUUCGUACUAAAGCAACUCCUCUACCACCAGAAGAAGACGAAGAAGACAAUGAAGGAUUUCAAGUAGUACAUUAUCACAAACGAAUACUUACAGCAACAAAAUCUGAGAAAACUUCACUACCAUCAACAACUACUUCAAAAGAAAUUUUCAGUUCUGAUCUCACUCCAAAAACUUCAGUAAUUCAUGAACAAAAACAUUUACCAACCUCAACAACUGAUACCACUCAAAGUUCAACAUCGAAGCAAAAGAAAAAUAAACACAAGAAACAGAAAAAAGAAAUAGUUUCUUCAUCUAGCAUCGAUUCGACCAACCCUGAACAACAAACAAUACAUAAAGAAAUACUUAUACCAUCUCCGAUUUUAUCAUCAUCUCUUAUUGAAGAUUCAAAUAUACAAUCAAAACCAACUACACCAUCAAUUACUAAACCAACAAAAACUUUCACAAAAACUAGUCCAUCUUCUGAAGAAGACGACAAUGACGGAUUUCAAGUUGUACAUUAUCGCAAACAUAUAAAUUCAGCAAUGCGAUCUCGACAAACUCCACAAUCAUCAUCAACAACAAAAACUAUUUACGAACAUAAAAUUAGUCGUAAUAUUGAUCCAAGAUUUGUAACCAUUCAAGAACAUCAUGAUUCAGCAUCUCGAUCCAUUCCUCGUACAACUACUACCAGUAAAACUCCGUCUGAAAAAGAACAAAAAUCAUCGAUUAGUACUCCACUGCGAUCACCAUCAACUAAAAUACAGCUUAGUACAUCGACUAACAUCGAUACCACCUUCGAAACACCUAAAGUCAUCAAACAAUUAGAAUCAAAACCCGAUGAAUAUCAACAACAAUUAAAAGACUCACAAUAUGAAAUAAUUUCUAAUAUAAAACCUAAAUCAGAUCAAUCAUCUCCUGUCGAACAAUCAAUCAAACCAAUUGUUAAAGAACAGCACAUGUCACCGAAAUCCGAGAUUAAGACUAUAAAUGAAAAAUCAUCAAAUGAUAAUAUUAUCUCAUCUACAGUAAUUAAUACUAAAAAAUCUAGAUUAAUACAAGACGAUGAUGAUGAUGAUGGAUUUCAAAUUGUACGUCAUCACAAACAUAAAACUUCAACAAUACCAAAACAAUCUAAAUUUACUUCUACUAUUGAUCAAAAAUCAACAAAUACUUAUGUUAAACAAGAUUCAUUUACAUUAACAACUGCUAAACAAACAUCUAAGAAAUUUAAAAAUACUAAUGAACAUAAUUUAUCAUCAUUAAUAACUAAUAAUGAUUUUUUUCCUUUAGCUAUCGAAAAAACUCAAAAUCAAACAACAAAUGAAAAUAUUCAACAAGUUUCUCAAACUUCACCAAUUAAUAAACAUCUACAUUCAACAGAUAAUAUUACUAAAUCAAAUCAAGAAUUAUCUACAUUAUCAAAAAAACUUCCUCAUAAAAUUAAUGAUCAUUUAAAAACAGAAUCAAUUAAAUCUAUUAAUCAUUCACAAAUAUCAUCUAAUGAUAUUAUUUCAAUACCAAAUUCAAUUAUAAAUGAUGAACAAAAUAAAAUCAUAUCCAAUGAAAAAAUUUCAAAACGACGAAAAAAAAAAUUACAAAAUGAAACAAAAAUAGAUGAUAAAAAUUUAUUAACAUCUUCAACAAGUAUAAUUCAUACAAAUAUAAAAUUCAAUGAUGAUAAACAACAAUUGAAUCAAAAGUCUACAAUAAUAAUUCCAUCUGUCAUACCUAUAGAAAACUAUAAAUCUCAUGAAAUAAAAACAGAUAUACCAGAAACUAUUUCUUUAACUUCAUCAAAAAUUCAAACAACUGAAUUAUUAACUUCUCCGACAUUACAAUCAAUUCAUCUUAUUGAAAAUCAAACAUCUUAUGAAGAAGCAAAUAAUAAAUUAGAUUUAUUUUUACCUGAAUAUAUUCGUGAACAAAUUAAUAUACAUCCAGUAAAUUCUUUAUCAAUAGAUAAUACUAAUUUUACUUCAACAACAACAACAUCAUCUGAUAUCAUACAAAAGAAAAAAUCACAAUAUCAAAUGCUUAAAAAAGAUCUUGAAACUAAAACUUCAUUAACAAAUGAAUUUAAUAAUACAAAUAAUAUCAAUGGACAACAUGAAUCACAAUUUAUUUCAAGUGAUAGUGAUAAUUUGAAUGAUGAUGAUGAAUUUAUUAUUCAAAAUUUUCAUUCUAAUCUAUCAAAUACAUCUCAACAGGAAUCAACUAAUAAUAUUUCUACUAAACAAAAAAUUGAUGAUAUUCUUUCACGUGGUUUUCAUCAUUGGUUACAAGAAAGUGAAGCAUUAUCACAACAAACAGAUAAAUCAUUAUCUAGUCAUAGUUUAACACAAGCUAUGCAAAGUAUUGUUAUUCAACCAAUAGACAGUGAUGAUGAAAAUUCAUUAAAUGAAUUUCAAACUAAUAAACCUACAUAUAUAAUUGGUACUCGUCCAGAAAAACGAAUUCAUAUUUAUAAUGGAUAUUCAAUAAAUCAUCCUGAAUCUAUUUCAACAUCUUCAUAUUUUAUAACUCAAUCAAAUCAUAAAACAUUUAAAGAUGAUACAAAAAAAUAUGAUUCAGAUGAUGAAGAUAAAUCAAAAGAUGAUAAAACAAAAAAACAAUAUUCUUAUCAAAUUCAAACACAAUCAAAACAAAAAUUAAAUUCUAUAAAUGAUAAUAAUUUACAAAUAAAUUUUACUAAUAAUGAUGUACAACAAAAUUUUUAUCAUCAAAUAGAUAAUAAUAAACAUUCAAUUAAUUAUGAUGAUUGGGCAUAUUUUCUUGAACAUAAAAAUUCAUCUUAUCAUAUUGAAUAUGAUUUAUCAACAUCAUUAGAAUGUUUUUAUACUCAAACAUUUGAUGAUGAUACUUUUCUUUCAAAUACAAUACCUAUUCAUUAUUCAAUUCAACAUGAAAAAAACAAACGUUAUGGAGAUUUUUUAAUAUCAAAUAAUGAUAUUAUAAAACCUGAAUCAAUAAUUAAAUUAUCUUCAUAUAAUUCUAAACCAUCAGAAUCUUUUCAACGAUGGAAAAAAUCUAAAUCAAUAUCAAAUCAAUAUCAAAAUGAUGAUGAAAUAUUAAUAUCACAUUCGACUAAUGGUCUAUGUCGACAAGUGAUACCAUAA